GCUAUAGCCAGAGCCGGAACUCGAGAGUCGAGACCCGACCAAAUCUAUGUCCGAUUUUUGCUGCACAAGAAGAAGAGGAGAGAGAAUGUCCAUCCCUCUCUUCCACCUCGCUCCCGAUCUCAGCGUCUCCAGGCUAUGCUUCGGAACCAUGACGUUUGGGGAGCAGAACUCACUACCGCAGUCCUUUCGACUUCUUGAUCAGGCCUUCGAAGCCGGCGUGAACUUCGUCGACAGCGCUGAGAUGUAUCCGGUGCCUCAGCGAAGAGCUACUCAGGGGUGGAGUGAGAAGUACCUUGGUCGUUGGAUGAGAGAGCGGAAGAUACCGCGCGACCGUGUCGUUGUGGCUACUAAGGUUACUGGACCAUCUGGCCAGAUGACUUGGAUUAGAGGGGGGCCUAAAUCUUUGGAUGCUAAUAAUAUUUUAGAGGCCAUUAAUAACAGUUUGUUGAGACUGAGCACAGAUUACAUUGACCUGUAUCAGAUACAUUGGCCUGACCGUUAUGUUCCAAUGUUUGGAGAAACUGAAUAUGAUCCAAGUCGACAGUAUGCAUCUGUGGGUAUAGAGGAGCAGCUUGGUGCUCUUGGAAAAGCUGUUGAUGCUGGUAAGAUCAGAUAUAUUGGUCUUAGUAAUGAAACACCAUAUGGGGUGAUGAAAUUCCUUCAACUUGCUGGGAAAAUUCAGCUCAACAGUAAGUUAGUUUCCCUGCAGAACUCUUACAACUUACUUUGCCGAAAUUUUGAUGCUGCGUUAGCUGAAUGCUGCCACCAUGAGAGAAUUAGCUUGUUGGCUUACAGCCCAAUGGCAAUGGGCAUACUUUCUGGGAAGUAUUUCUCUCCUAGUGGGGGUCCAUCAGAUGCACGAAUGAAUCUAUUCCGAGGAAGAUAUUCUGAAGGUGAAUCUAGAUAUAACCUUUCCAAUCCCAUAUUAAAAUCAGCUGUUCAGGAAUAUGUGGAUAUUGGCGUGAAGUAUGGUCUUUCUCCUGCAUCUCUUGCAAUUGCAUUUGUCUUGAAGCACCCUCUUGUUGCAAGUGCUGUUUUUGGGGCGACUAAAGAAUGGCAGCUAAGGGAAGUUCUUCAAGCUUCUAAGAUCCGUCUCCCAAUGGAAAUAAUUGCUGAGAUCAACAAGGUUCAUAUCGAGAUUAUCCUCAAGGUACAAAGAACUCGAUUCAGUCCCAAGCCACAUAUUAUGAGCAUAAUUGUGUGGAGACUGACCAGAUAAACUCCUUAAGUUGCCCAGGUAAAAAGUAAGAAAAGCUUUGGAAAAUUGAAAGAGAAGAAGAAAUUGAGUGGAAAUUGAAAAGGGGUCUCUCUCUCUCUCUCUCUCAUUAAUAUAAUAAGGCCUGGUCUAUUUCAGAAUUGUAUUGUUUAAGACCCAGGACUUGGAACCUUUUUAUUGGCUCGGUCCAGGUAAAAGAGACCUAUAAAGAUCUCAAUGGGUCUCUCAAUAAAAGUUAUAAUGCCCUAAUA